AUGGCCGUUAUUGUAGCUGGGUCAUUUGCUUUGACACCUGCUGCUGCCUUGCGAUAUGAGCGGUAUGAUCGCAAAGUCAAGCAGCUCAGUCAAGACGAAGCAUUUGACCUCGGACUCAAGGGUCCCGACGGGGAAGAGGGUAUCAAACGCAACCCGCGGAGGAGGAUUGUAGGCGACGAAAAGGAGGAAUACUACAGGCUCAUGGCAAAAGAUCUCGACCAAUGGGAGCAGAAGCGAGUAGAGCGAUUCAAAGGUGAACCGGAUGGAAGACUGUAA